AUUCUCUUCAUUCUCUUGCCUUUCCGUCAUUCUUUCUUCUAUUCUCUUCUUGAUUUCUAGUACCCUGGUGGUACCUAUUACAGUCUUUUCCCAAAGACUCAUUUACACCCUUCGGCAUCAUGAUGCUCAAGUCGCUCUUCGUCUAUAGUGCUGUUCUGGCGCUCUCCGCCGUCCAGGUUGCCGCCCAUGCCGCAAUCAACCCGGUCCUGGGGGUUUCCGGCACUGCUGCUCGCAAGGACGUCAAGAGGCCGUCCAACAACGCACCAUGUGGAAACGGCGUGAACGUUGCGUCGGCCAUUGAUAGCUCGACCGCGGUUAAGGCCGAUGCCUCGGGCUCCUUCACAGUCAAUGUCCAGAACUUCAAUGGUGGCAAGGACGGUUCGCGCCAGGUCACCAUGAAGGUGAACGCUGCCGGAGACGGCAAAACCUUUGUGGAUGGUGACGUGUCAGCCAACGGCCAGCUCGCCCCAGCAAGCACGGGCACCGAGGAGGUGACCGCCUCGCUCCCUGCUGGUACCAAGUGCAGCGGUGGAGCUUCAGGAGACCUGUGCCUUGCGUCCUUCAAAACGGCUGGUGGAUUCGGCAACUGCGUUGUUGUGCAACAGGCAGGCAGCGGAGGUGGUGCAGGUGGUGGUGGUGGUGGUGCUGCUGCUGCUGCUACUGGUAACAAAGCUGGUGGCAAGAAAGGUGCUCGUGCCUUUCGGGCGUAACCGCUUCCAGGACUGGAAGUUGUGAAUGGGAGCGUGGAAGGGCUAAGGACAUCUGGGGCGGAAGACAAUACUGGAAGCAGAGGAGUCAUGGCCCAGUAUCUAGGUUCUAUAAGCGUUGACGAGACGGAUUAAUUGAUGCCAAUACCCAAAGCAAAGAAGAAAGUAACCUGCCAUGAUGUUGAUGUUACAACC